AUGAUGUUGGUAUCGUAUUCCAUGAGGAGACCCAUUACUGCUUUGAACUGCAACUUGCAGAGUGUUAGGACGGUCAUAUAUCUUCAUAAGGGUCCAAGAAUAAAUGGUGUGAGACGAGAUCCAGAGUCAUAUCUGAGAAAUCCUAGCGGAAUACUCUUCACUGAAGUGCAAGCAAAUGAGUACCAAGAUAAAGUCAGGUCUAUACUACAAUUGCCUAAGUACGGAAUAAAACUAUCAAACGAACUGAUUUUGCAGUGCUUAACACAUAAAUCGUUCGCACACGGCUCAAAGCCGUAUAAUGAAAAACUGAACCUGCUAGGAGCACAGUUUUUAAAAUUGGAAACAUCCAUCCAUUCAGUAAAAAAUGAUUCACCGCUGGAAGCCCGCGAGAACGGACCACUUUCCUUGAAGUUUAGCAAUUUAGGAACAAAUUUCGCUAAGGAAUUAGCGUCCAAGAACACAGCAUGCACAUUCAUUAAAUCACAUAAACUUGGUCCCUUCAUAUUCUGGAAAAUGAGAGACCCAUUAAAAGACAGCCAUAUAAACGGAGAAACCACGAUUUUUGCCAGUGUUUUAAACGCAUUCAUCGGUGCAAUUCUGACGACAAAUGGGCCUGAAAAGGCCUCCUUAUUUAUCAAAGAAAGCUUGCUGGAUAAGGGAGAUCUUCAUUCGUUAGUCAACAUUGCCAGUGAAAAUACGGCUUCUGCAAAAACAUCAAUACCAAACAAGGAGAACAAAGCAUCUCUGUAG